ACACAACAUAAUUUACCCCAUCGCUUGGAGUAUGAAACCACAAAGCUAAACUGAAGAAUAAAGUCCCAAUAACUGAUACACUGAAGUCAAAUUGUUGUAGGAUUUGUUUGAAGGGGUAGACACGUCCACGAUCCACAUUUGUUCUAAUGACCUUGCAAAUGCAAGAUUUUUAUUUUUCACAUGUAGUUUAACAUUGCUUUCAUUUUCAAUACCGUUUUGGAUCGUGUCCAUACAUAAACCUUUUCCCCGUUUCCACAUUUUUCUUUCUGUAUUACAGGGUUGGGGUUUUUUUGUGCGGCGAAUAGUGACAGCCCUGCACAGCUGAACUGACACCUUCACCCAGCUUGGCCAAAGCUUCGGAUACAGGGCAGAAAAAAAACACAGCCCGACGAGCCGGGGGAAAAAGAAACGCAGCCCGACGUGCCUGCAAGAGAAAGAAACACAGCCCGACGAGCCGGGGGAGAAAGAAACACAGCCCGACGAGCCGGGGGAGAAAGAAACACAGCCCGACGAGCCGGGGGAGAAAGGAACACAGCCCAGGGAGCCGGGGGAUAAAGGAACACAGCCCAGGGAGCCGGGGGAGAAAGAAACACAGCCUGACGAGCAGGAGGAGCGCGGGGCUGCGGAGCCCAAGCGCAGGUGAUGGCUGAGCUGAGGAGCUGCUGAAGCUUACAUGAAAUAUCCCAUAGGUGUUUUACUGCUCAGCAAUAGCCCAGAUGAAAUGAGUACGUCCUGAGAUGGCAACAGACCUGGAGGAUGAAGGAGGCUGCAGCAGGGAGUUGCCAGCAGGUUUGUUAGCGCCUCAGUGGCCCAAUGGUUCUCACGUUCUCUGUCUCUAAACAAACCACAUCUUUGGACCCAGGUGCCGAAGGGCCGGUGCACAGCCUGACCGCACAAUGCUGUUUGCAGAGAAGUGAACUGGGAAGAAAGGACUCAUGAGUUUUGAUCGCAGGGACCUGGAGAGCCUCUCUGAUGCGUGCUCCAGUGAGGACCUUCCCGAGGUGGAGCUGGUGAGCAUGCUGGAAGAACAGCUGCCAGAUUACAAGUUACGGGUGGACUCUCUAUAUCUGUACGAAAACCGAGACUGGAUUCCGUCCCCUGCCUCCUGCCGCAGCCGUCUCCCCAAAACCGCCUCUCCGGUUCGCGAUGAGGAGCCCUUCCGUUACAUGACUCUUAUUGAACUGCCUUCCUCCUCGGCUGGAUCUCACACAUUUGCUCAAGUUCUCGGAACAGAUAACGCGGAGCAGAAAACCUACAGUGACGCCGACAUGGUCAAACACCUGUUAGCUGAGAAAGAUCGGGACCUGGAGCUGGCAGCUCGAAUUGGACAAGCCCUCCUUAAGAGAAACCAUCUGUUGACAGAACAGAACGAAGCACUGGAAGAACAGUUAGGACAGACUUUAGAUCGAGUUAACCAGCUGCAGCAUGAACUGUCCAAGAAAGACGACCUGCUCCGGGUCGUUUCCAUCGCUUCCGAGGAGAGCGAGACGGACUCCAGCUGUUCCACCCCGCUGCGUUUCAACGAGUCCUUCACCAUCUCGCACGACUCGCUGCAGCUGGACGUCCUGCACGACAAACUGCGGGAGCUGGAGGAGGAGAACCUCGCGCUCCGAUCCAAGGCUUGCCAUCUGAAGACAGAAACCAUGACAUACGAAGAGAAGGAGCAGCAGCUGGUCAACGACUGUGUCAACGAGCUCCGACAAACAAAUGCUCAGAUUUCCAGGAUAACAGAGGAGCUGUCAGAGAAGAGUGAGGAGCUGGUUCGCUACCAGGAAGAGAUCUCAUCCCUCCUGUCUCAGAUUGUUGACCUUCAACAUAAGCUCAAAGAACAUGUCAUUGAAAAGGAGGAGCUGAAACUUCACUUACAAGCCUCCAAAGAUGCUCAGAGACAGCUGACAGCAGAGCUCCACGAGUUGCAGGACCGGAACGCGGAGUGUCUGGGGAUGCUGCACGAAUCUCAAGAAGAAGUGAAGCUGCUGCGCAGCAGAGCCAGCUCCGUCGCUUGUCUCUGCCACUGCCCGGCGCACGGAGCCUUUCCCGUGGAUUCCCUUGCAGCAGAAAUCGAAGGGACAAUGAGGAAGGAAUUGAGUCAGGGUGAAGAAUCUCUCCUCUCCAAGCAAAAGGGCCAACGGAAGCGAGUGUUUGACACUGUCAGGGUCGCCAACGUCUCUCGCGGCCGCUUCUCCCCCUUCCCCGCGCCGCUGCCCAUCCCGGGCUCCAACCGGCCCAGCGCCGUUAUGACAGCAAAGCCCUUCCCGUCCGGCCUGCGCCCCUUGCCGGGCCAGAGGAGCAGCUCCGAGAAGGACCCAAGGGACGCUGGGGAUCCUGGCCAGCCGGGAACGCCUGGGGACACCGAGCUGGCCACGGCUCUGCACAGGCUCUGUCUGCGGCAGCAGAACUACCUGAGCGAGCAGCAGUUCUUUGAGGAGGAGUGGCAGCGAGAGGCGCGGUUGCUGGCGGAGCAGAGGGAAGGAGCCAGCGGCUGCAGCACGCCGACAGAAAGCUGUUUUUCCCUGGGUACAAACUCAGAGUUCACCGAUCUCUCUGCCAGCUCCAGUAAUCUCCGCGUCCUACUACCAGAAAAACUGCAAAUUGUCAAACCCAUUGAAGGAUCCCAGACCCUGUUCCACUGGCAGCAGCUCGCUCGGCCCAACCUGGGCACCAUUCUUGACCCAAGACCAGGUGUUGUUACCAAGGGGUUCACCCCCCUGUCCGACACUGCUGUGCACCACAUCUCCGACCUGGAGGAGGACGAGGAGGAAGGUGCUGCAGGAGGGAUAACAUUCCAAGUGCAGCAGCCCUUCUCGGAGGAACAGAAACGUACAGCAGCAAAGCCAGCAGCGGGGAUUUUCCUGCCGCCGGUUACAUCAGCAGCAGUGCCACUCACUGCCUCGAACCCAGGGAAGUGUCUGUCUGCCACAAACUCCACGUUUACCUUUACUACCUGUAGGAUCCUUCACCCGUCCGAUGUCACUCAAGUUACUCCCAGCGCCCCGGGUGCCCCGUUUUCCCUCGGCAACCCUGGCAGCGGCAUUGGGAGCCCAGGCGCCAGCAGCCCGGCCGUGUCGUACGGGCUCAGCAUCGGGGAGUUCCUCACCAAGAGAAGAGACUCCACCACCACCUGCAGCAGCACCAGCAGCCUGGCCAAGCUGCUGCAAGAGCGAGGCAUCUCUGCCAAGGUUUACAACAGCCCCGUGCGGGGCAAACUGCCUUUGCUGCCGCCCCCUCGAGCUCUCCCCGUUCCUUCUACGCCGCCCAACUCUCCCUCGCCUUCGCCUUGUCCUUCCCCUCCACCGCUGGAGCCUCGAGCGCAUCCCUCAGAAAACUUCCUGGCCUCUCGACCGGCGGAAACGUUCUUGAAAGGCAUGUACGGCCGGCCGGCCGCGCGGAACGGCCCCGACGCAGGGCAGCUGAAGAGCAGCCUGGUGGACAGGCUGAAGAGGUUGGGCAUCGCCAGGGCCGUCCGGGCGCCCGCGCCGCGGGAGCUCGGCCUGCGCAGGCAGGACUCGGCCGUGUUUCUAAACACCGGGAGCAAGCUAAUGGCGGGGCUGAGGAGAAACCAGAGCCUUCCAGCCAUGAUCGGAGCGUUGGGAGCUCCGGUUUGCACGCAGGCGUCACAAAUGGAUAUCCUCCAGGAGGACUGAGGGGUGUGGACAACAACCGACUUCUGGCAUGGGAAAUAAUACCCGAGGGAUAAACAGCCAGGCUGGGCAUCACCAGAUCUGUUAGCGAAGAGUUGGAGAAGGCACGUGCAUGUUGAAGAGGUGGGAGAGAGAAGCGUUGGGAUCCAGGAGAGAAAGAAGGUUGCUGGGGUUUGAGGACGGUGGCUCUUGUGGAAGAAAAGAAAGAAGAAACCAAAGCUUAGUUUUGAGCAUCUGUCCUAAGCAAAAAUAAAAUACCAUCGUAGACAUUCUCAGUAUUUUAACCUUUUAAACUGUAGGUGUAGAACUGUCUUGCAGGUGCUGUUCUAUUUUUUUCCACCAUACGACGGUAAUAUUUUACUAGUUGAUAGCAGUCAGGCUGGAUCAUUUAAAUAUCACAUUAAAACAGGCGUCAGUCUGAUCAGCAUCGUUGGUCCAACUUCCUCUCUGUAGCAAGCAAAUAGGAAAACUUGGGCUUUUUUAUUGUUAUUCUUGUAUUUUCCAUUUCAGAAACUGCACUCUUUCCAACUCCUCCCCACUUUGAGAAGCAGGGGAGAGAACGUUUAAUUCUGUGUAAGAAAACAACGCUUCUGUUGAUGGACACAGAAACUGCUGGUCACGUUUAGAUUUUGAAAGAGUGCAAUUGUGCUAGCGAGGUAUUAACAGACGUUAAUUUAUUUGCAGAGCUUCUGAAGCACGCGGAGGAUGGUGCAAUGCGUAAGAGUUAGGAAGCAGGGAGGUGUGUAUUGGGAUAAAAACUUCACGCUAAGAAAUCCUUCCAAAUUGUGCUGCGCAUAUAUUUUUAAGUCAGGGUGAAUAUCUCAGGCACGUUACGGUGUUGCGAAAGGAAAGGAAAGGAAAGUGAGGUGCUUGAUUGGGGUUAUUUGUAAUUUGCCAUAAAGGGAGAGCUUGGACUCGGAGCCACGUGUGGGGAAUCCAGUAAGCGGGCUCAGCUGGGCAUUCUGUAUAUCUGAGGCUCCUUCUCUCUGCUGUGAGGCAGCAUUUGCUUUAAAACACUUUGUAAAGAGCAGAAUUUGCCAGGCUGGACUCAGCACCAGGAAGGUGAAAGCCAGUGCUCUUUGUAGGGUUUUAGCGAACACAAACCGGUGUUUUCCACACGGAAAUGUUGUGUUUUGAUGGUGGAGCGUGGUUCCCAACCUGAUUCCGAACGAAGCUGAGGCAGAUUUUCCAUCUCGACACAGAAGCCCGUUCUAGACAUCGGUUUAGAAAUCAGAUUUCUGGGUGGUAAUUGGCAGAAAGCCCGUGCUGCUUUUUGGAUUCCUUCCUGCCCAAGAUUCUAAUCAUAACUGAAUAACCAACGACAGAUUUAUAGUGUAAUUUGGCGUAGAAAGUUUGCCCAAAAUUCCUCGGAAGAAUGAGUCCGCGUAUAACUUUUCACUGUACCUAUCAACAUUUUAAAAUUAACGCUUACUUUCUGUACAAUUAGGCAAAGCAGUCAAAGUUUACCUUGCUCGUUGUAAUCAGUGUAAUUACGCUGAUUGGCAAUUGCCACAAGGCACAUCCCCCCUUGUUCUGCAGGGGUGGGUGGAGCAGGGCAGGAAAAGAGAACUUGUUAACCUGAUUUAUUGGCCAUUUGUCUGUGAUCUUCCUGCUUUUCCGGCUCCCUACAUCUUGUGACGACUCUUUUUGUGAAAGGGAAGGGAAGUAACCACUUGAAACUCGCGCAGGGAUUUUUGGCAGAGCUUGUCUGUCGGCAGCGCACACAACUAUUCAGGAACUCCGGGAAUUGCCUUUUGCUCUCUAAGCAAGAUCUUCUAAAAGGUGAAUUUUAUUUAAAACCAUUUUGUUCUUUUAAAUGCCAAGUAUUUAAUUUCUUCAUUGCAGUAUUUAUGUGUGUACGUACUUAGCCUUGCCCGGCUGAACCGGAGCAGCACAGGGGAGUUGGUUCAGCUCUAAGCUGUGUUGUCACCUCUGGGAACCCGCAGGAAUGAGGUGACAGUUCAGUAUCAAUGGAGAGAUGUACAGUGUAUCACAAGUAUGUCCCUCUAUGUGUGUGUGUUGUAGGAAUAGCUGUAAGUUCCAGAUACAUUUCUGAAGGUAUCACACUGUGUUUCUAAGCAGCUUCGUUAGAGAACUCCAGCCAUUGGGUCGUUGUGUGUGUGAGCAGCAGCAGGAGCAAAUCAGCUCAAUCAGAGACCAGGUUUUGGUUAAAAUUAAUCUGAAAGCACAUGAAUUAAAUGCAUUUUUCUCUUUGGGAGGCUUCUGUAUUCCAUAGCCCAACCAUAUACACUGUUUCAGUUCACACAGUGUGAUGGAUUUGUCCAGAGGUUGGUUGGUUUGUUUUCUGGAGGGUGAUGUGUCAUCAGAUUCAUGCUCAAAAUCCCCGUGGUCAAAGUUAGGAGGCUGCUGGUGUCAAACAGCAGCAGAGGGGGCAGGAGAAUAUCGGGUUUGGGCCUCAUUUGGCUGCUACCAAGGGGAUAACACACAACGUUUGAAAGGGCUGGGAACUUCAUGGCAUUGUUUUUUUCAUUCGCUUCUUCCACUUCCUGUUGUUUCCUAGCGGAAAGUAAAUUUGAUAAUAAACAUGCGUAACGUACCAUUUUUCAGUA